UCAAAACUCACUACUCAGCUCAGCAAGCAGUCAGCCAGCACUGUCAGCAGCCAGCACUCAGCAGUAAAAAGGAACAACAUAACCUCAUUUCUUCAAUAAUAGUGUAUCUUUCUAUCAAUCCGAAUCUACCUUAUGAUUUUGUUUAUUAUUCCUGAAUACAAGUGGUAGUUAAUGUUAGUUUACUUGAAAAUAUCGACUAUUUCCAAACAAGAAAAAUUUACUUGAUAUUAAUACAUUGAUUAAAUAUUAUGAUCUACUGUGAUCAUGGGUAAUAUAUUUGGUAAAAAGAAGGUUUCGAAAGUUACUGAACACGACAAAGCUGUUUUGCAAGUGAAGAAUCAAAGAGAUAAACUCCGUCAGUAUCAAAGGCGAAUUGAAAAGAAACUAGAAUCAGAAAAGGCCCUUGCAAAACAACUUCUUUCUGAUGGAAAAAGAGAGAGAGCAAAAUUGUUGCUUCGCAAGAAGCGUUUCCAGGAACAACUUCUGGAGAAGGCAGAUGGGCAGCUAGAAAAUUUGGAACGGAUGAUACAUGACCUGGAGUUUUCACAAAUUGAAUUACAGGUAUUGGACGGACUAAAAGUCGGCAAUGAAGCACUUAAAAAAGUUAACGAUAUGCUUAACAUUGAAGAUGUAGAGAAAAUCCUGGAUGAGACAAGAGAGGCAGUAGACAAACAAAAGGAAAUCGACGACCUGCUAAGCGGAGUGCUGACGAGUGAAGAUGAAGAGGCUGUUGAUCAAGAAUUUGCUGAGUUGGUGGCUCUUGAGGAAGCAUCCGGAGACAAAGAAGAAGAACAAACAGACCUGGAACUACCAGAGGUGCCGUCCGAUGAACUACCAGUCCCAGAAAAGGAACAGGGAAAGAUCAAAACCAAAGGGAAGGAAAAAAUCGCAAUUGCUGCUGAUUAAGAUAUGAACAAGCUGUAUUCUGUGAUGUUAUAUAAUUAUUGCCUUAAGUGUGUUUCUAGUGUAUAAAAAGUGUGCAUAUUAAUAUAUUCAAGCUCAGCCUUGUAAAAUUUGUUUUGAAGUAAUAAUCAUUGACCAUCAUUCCAA